CUCGUGGACCAUCACCUCCACUGCAGGGGCGCCCGUGGUGGAGGAGAGGACGUGCCCGGACCCCGCCAGCACCCAGUCUCCUCCUGCGGGGAAUGUGGAAGGAGAGGAACUGGCUCAGAGAGACUCACAAAACGAGACGUCCCAGACAGACGCGGGGCAAACGGCGUCUCCAACAGACUCCCAAAGCGAGACGUCCAACACAGAUUCGAAUCAGACGACGUCGCCAAGCCCAACCUCAGACACCAUUCAGGACAACGGAGAGGGAAAUACCACAGCAUAUUCAACGACAACCUCCGAACCGACGACAAACAACAACAACCACGACAACAACGACUACAACGACCACCACCACAACAACGACUACGACUUCAACGACGACUGUUUCUCCUUCUGCGUCGCCUUCCUCCGGUGAGGCCUCGCUCUCCCCGGAUCCCUGUCCUCCGCUCAUCCCAACGGGCAAGGCAUCGAAGGACAUCGCCAUAGGGAACGAACUCUUCGCCGUCAACCCAACACUUGAGGAAUACAAGAUCACACUUCAAGUACACACGCCUACUGGUUCCGCGGGAGUCUACGUGAUGACGCUAGUGAUGAACAAGCCGCCGACGGGAGGGGACUGCACGGUGACUCCUCCUGUGGGUCGAGUCAUGGUGGACACUUUCCUGGUGGAGUGCCACGGUUGGGAAGACCCAGAAGAAGCGGGCGUCGACCUGUACUCCUUCUUCAUGUACGAGCCCACAGACGGAGCUCCUCUCAAGCGGACUAUUGUGGCCACCGCGCAGCCCAAGGCGGAGCUCAUCCUCCCACUCGGAGACUUUACCAUCAUGUGCGAAAUCUGGGACAAAUUUGGCACCUACGCCGAGGUGGUGGUUGACACGAUUCAGGUGGAGAUGCCAACGCAAGAGGACGUCGAGGAAUUCAACGCCGCCGAAAAGAUUGAAUACCUCUCGGCUAUCGGGGAUCAGUUCAAGGUCGGGAUGAUGCUGACGGCGCAGUCCUCGGUGAGAGAACAUGCUACUUGGCUCUCGCUCGACAUGGACGCCCUCGGGAACCUGACGAAGGAGGAGACAGACCUCAGACUUCGAGAUAUUACCAAGAUGAACAAAGGCGCUCUCCAGACGGCGAUGGAAACCAUGUCCUUUUCAACCCUGAGUCAGCUGAACGUGGGUGCUGGAGUGCUCAGGGCAGCCACAGAGGGUAUCACUAAGUCCGCUGCGGCGUCGAAGACCGUGGACAUGGAGGCUAGGAUAACGGCGCUCGAGUUUCUGGAGAAACUGUCAGCCAGCGUGGAGGACAUCGAGCUGACUUCACCCCAGGACAUGGUCCCCUUCCUGUCCUCGUCGCUGUGUGCCAUGGGGUCUAUUAUGUCGUGGGUGUCUGGCGUGACCGAGAUCCUGUCGGGCAAGAACGUCAACAACGUGCCCCCGACCGACGUGGACGCGGCCCGAGACUGGGACUACGAGGUGGACAUCGGCAGUGACAUGAACAUGGAGAUUCCGCUGAGUCGAGAGGUGAUGUUGCAACAGAACGUCCUGGACACAACCAAGCUCAGAGCGAAAGACCAGGUCAGUCGGGUUGGUCCAGUUCAUCAGAAAAUCUAUAGGUUUUUACGGAAGCGUUUUAAGUCAGUUCAUUUCACAAAGGUAUCCCGAAUGAUGAACUUGGUGAAGAACAUCGGCAGGAGCGUGGAGGCAAAGAGCGUCGAGGGGGAGGUGGUCCUCGCCCAGGCUCCCAACGGCGCCUCCAUGAUGGUCGCCAAAGUUACAGAGGAAAUGCUGAGCACCGGCAUGAAGGUGGCGGUGACGAAGGGCGGCGGAGAUAUCCAGCUACCCACUUCCUUCUGCCCUUCGCGUUCCCUGGGCAAAGGGGCCUGCAACCAGACCAUCACCUUGUCAGCUGUGGAGUGGCCUGGCGUCACUUACUCAUAUGCCCAGUCGUCGGACCAGUUAAGCAAGAGCACGAAGGUCGUUAGUCUCGACGUGUUUCUGGACGGGCAGGCUAUCUCCGUGAACGAUACUGAGGGUAUCAUUGUGAGCAUUCCACGGAGUCCUGAGGAUCUGCCAGGUAGGUGGGGGGCGUGUGGGCGUUAG